AAUAUUACAACUCCUCCCACCCCAUCCCCGCGGCCGCACCCUGAAAUUUUCCAUCCCGUCGCCGCGCCGCCGCCGCCGCCCGGGCCCUCGCCCUGCUCCUGCGCUCGCCCACGUCCUUGGCUCGUCGCCGUGCACCUCCGCUCCCCCUGCACUGCAGCACGCGCCGGCUAUCCCGUCGAGCCGCCUCCGUCAUCGACGCGCCGGGCCGCCGCCGCCGCCUUGCCGAGCGCCGGAAGCCGGUCGGGCCCUCCUCCCCCACGCCGGCGCGCGCGGUGGAAGACGAAGCAGCUGGAGAAGGACUACGACGCGCUCCGCCGCCAGCUCGACGCCGCCCGCGCCGAGAACGACGCCCUCCUCGCCCACAACAAGAAGCUCCACGCCGAGAUUUAUUUUAAAUUGCAGAAGCUGAACUGAGCAUGAUGAAUCUAUAUAGCCAAACAAUGGAGGACGAAGAUUGUACCCUUGUUCGUUACUUGAUUGCUGAGGAUAACCCAAAUUAUGAGUUUCUCGAUGAUGACGACGACAUACACACUCUGGUAUCAGCCAUCGAUGCAGAGAGCUCCUACCACGGCUCAAUACAUGUGAGACGACUUGUCCCCAGAGAACGUGUUGAUGGAAAGGCAAGGAUCAUAUGCCAAUACUUUGCUGUCAAUCCUAUUUACACCCCUGAAAAGUUUCGUGAAAGGUUCCGUAUGAAGCGUCACGUGUUCAUCUGCAUUCUUAAUGCAGUUCAGUCUGUGGACAACUACUUCCAACAACGCGAGGAUUGUACUGGGCUUUUAGGAUUGAGUGCUUUGCAGAAGGUGGUAGCCGCAAUGCGCAUACUGGCGUAUGGUUUGCCGUUAGACGCCGUUGAUGAGUAUGUGCAAAUUGGCACGUCAACCGCUCGUGAGGCUCUUAACCAUUUCUGCAGUGCUGUUAUAGCUGCCUUUGGGGAGGAAUACCUGCGUUCUCCAACACCUGUCGAUGUGGCUCGUCUACUGCAAGAGGGUGAGAGACGAGGUUUCCCAGGUAUGCUUGGUAGCAUAGAUUGUAUGCACUGGGAAUGGCGGAACUGCCAUACUGCUUGGAAGGGCAUGUUCACUGGACGCGGGAAGCACCCAUCCAUGAUCUUGGAGGCUGUAGCAUCUCAUGACCUUUGGAUAUGGCAUGCCUACUUUGGCCUUCCAGGCAGCUGCAACGAUAUCAAUGUACUGCAGAGGUCGCCUAUUUUCUCAGCAUAUAUUCGAGGAGAGUCACCUCCUGUUCACUUCACUGUCAACGGACGGACAUAUGACAUGGGGUAUUACCUUGCAGAUGGUAUAUACCCUGAUUGGCCAGCAUUUGUCAAGAGUGUUCGCCAUCCUAUGGAGAGGAAGACACAACGUUUUGCUGCUGUGCAAGAGGGUGCGCGCAAGGAUAUUGAGAGAGCUUUUGGAGUUCUUCAAGCUAGGUGGGCAGUAAUCCGUGGGCCGGCUUAUGGAUGGGACAGGGAGCAGCUUUUUGAUAUUAUGACCGCUUGUAUUAUCAUGCAUAACAUGAUUGUCGAGGAUGAGAAGUCUGAGGCCAUCAAUACCAACUUCGACAACAUUGGCAGACAAGUCAAUCCUUCAGGUGGAAAUGUAGUGGAACGGAAAGCAUUUGUAGCAGCACAUCACAAGUUGUGUGACCAAGCUCGCCAUAUCCAACUUCAGAAGGAUCUCAUCAAGCACAACUGGAUGCGAUAUGGUUCAACCUAGUUUUUUCUUUUUCUUUUGCUUUAGUUGUAAUUUUCAGUUCAUGUGAACAUGACAAAUCUAUAUCUGAUGCCACCCUGUUAGUUUAUUUGUACUCUGUUAAUCCAGUUGCAAAUAAUCCAGUUGUGUUCACAUGCCACCCUGGUAAUCUCUGGGAGCUUUUGUACGAGCAUUGAUGCCACCCUGUUAUCUAUUUGUAUAACCUUUACAACCUUCCUGGCGUAUGUAUAAAAUUGCCAGUAUGCUGGUUGCAUUGUGGACA